CUAUUUAACGCAUUUUCGGAUAUUUAUAGUGAAGAGCCUUUACCAAAAUAUUCAACAUUCUAUCGAUUACUCUUAAACAAUACAAUAUUUUCUAUAGAACAAUAAAUAUGUAUAAAUGUAUAAGUUUUAUUCUUUCUUUUUUGUGUUGUCUAUCAUGGGGAUUCCAAACAUUUGAAGAUAAUAUAAAAUUUUGCAUAAACAAGGAAACUACACAUUUAUCGGAAGAACAAAAUACAGAUUGUGAUAUAUUAGCCACCCCAUUGACUACUAAUGAAAAGCAAAUGUUUCAAAAUACAAUUUGCAAAGACUAUGGCGUUCCCAUUGACACAUUUUAUUACUUUAAAUUACGUAAUGGAAAUUUGGUUGGACGUGGAGAAGAUCAUGAAAUUUGCAACAUUACGGAUAGUCUUUUAUUAGCAUGGAUUCCAUAUGAACAAUUUAAAAGAUAUUAUGGUCAAAAAUUAAAUCUAACAGAACGCUUAAAGUACAUAGCCAAAGCUAUUGAUGAAAAGGAUAAAACGGAAUUGUGCUAUCUCCUUCAUAUUGAUUUGAUCUACAAUAAUACUGAACAGCAAUUUGCAUGUGUUCUCAUGAUAUACGAAGAUAAUUUUUUCGGUUUGAAAAACAACAUAAAUGUGUUGGUGGAAAUUGAAAAUUUACGGAAUAAUAGAAAAUGUGACUUAUAGAUCUUGAUUAAAUUUCGAGCUAAGGAUUAAUAAAUAAAUUCCAUCGGAUAAGAAAAUAAAAAAUAACCAGAUUCAUUACA